UGUGUUUCAGGGCUUCCCUAGCUCGCACAGCCCGGCCAUGCCACCUCCAGCUGACCCCGGGCAAGCCCCAGGCCCGCCUGAUGGUGGAUGGGGCUGGGUGGUGGUCUUCGGUGCUUUUGUGUCUAUUGGCUUUGCCUACGCCUUCCCCAAAGGCUUAGCCAUCUUCUACAAAGAAAUCCAGGAUUUCUUUGGCACGUCCUAUAGCGAGAUCGCGUGGAUCUCCUCCAUCAUGCUGGCCACGACGUAUGGUGCAGGUCCCAUUAGCAGUAUUUUGGUAAAUCGCUAUGGCAGUCGACCUGUGGUUAUGUUUGGAGGCCUGCUCUGUGGCAUUGGGAUGGUCUCAGCUUCUUUCUGCACCAGCAUCCUGCAGCUCUACAUCUGUGUGGGCUUCAUUACAGGAUUUGGCCUUGCUCUCAACCUGCAGCCAUCAGUGAUAAUCAUAGGGAAAUACUUUUUGAAGAGAAGACCCAUUGCAAAUGGCCUUGCUAUGGCAGGGAGCCCUGUGAUGCUUUGUACCCUGGCUCCUCUCAACCAGUUCCUUUUUGAUAAUUUUGGCUGGAGGGGCAGCUUUUUAAUUCUUGGGGCAAUUUUAUUACAUUGCUGUGUGGCUGGAGCUCUCUUCAGACCCAUUGGGCCAGCCAUAGUAGCAGGUAAAACCCAGGCAACUGGGAGGAAGGAUGUUCUGAAAGAAGUCACUGGAAAUGCCACCAAUGCCCCCACAGAGAACAAAAUGGAAGAGGAAGAAGGAAAGGACUGUUGUGAAAAAAUCAAUCAGUACCUUGAUUUUUCCCUCUUUAAGCAUAGAGGGUUCUUAAUUUACCUGAUAGGAAACGUGCUUAUGUUCCUGGGGUUUUUUGCCCCCAUUGUUUUCCUGGCACCCUAUGCAAAACACAUUGGCAUUGAUGAAUAUUCAGCUGCCUUCCUCCUUUCAAUCCUUGCUAUCGUGGACAUGAUUGCCCGACCUACCACUGGCAUCAUUGCCAACAGCAAGUGGGUGAGGCCACGGAUUCAAUACUUUUUCAGCUUCUCCAUUGCUUUCAAUGGUGCCUGUCACCUCCUGUGCCCGCUGGCUUCUGGCUACAAAUGGCUUGUUGUCUACUCUGCCUUUUUUGGCUUGGCCUUUGGCAUGGUUUGUGCCAUGCUCUUUGAAACUCUCAUGGACCUCGUGGGAGCUUCCCGGUUCACAAGUGCUGUUGGCCUGGUCACCAUUGCAGAGUGCUGCACGAUAUUGCUGGGACCACCUAUUGGAGGAACUCUUAUUGAUACCUUUGGGGACUAUAAAUACAUGUUCAUUAAAUGUGGAGCUGUGAUGGUCCUGGCAGGAAUCUUCCUGUUCAUCAUGAAUUAUUAUAAUUAUCGUAUACUUGCCAAGGAGGAGAAGGAGAGAAAGGCAAAAGAAGAGGACCCUCAGUCUGUAAGGACAGAAAGUGAGGACAGAAAUAACUGGAACAAAGAACCUGCGCUGGAUGGGCCAGAGCUGGAACCUUUGAGAGAGGAAGGAGAAGGACUAAAGAAGGAAAUGAAAGGCACAAAUGAAGUUUAACCCUGUCCUCACAUGAUGAAUGGGGAA